ACAAUUUUCUCAAGCCUUAGAAACAAACCGAUUCUCAGGAUCCGCGUGCAAACACAAAUAUAAAAUGAAGUCUCAUUAUUUUGUUUGUAUAAUUGCGAUGGCGGUGGUCCAAUUUUCAAAUGUGUCCGGACACGGUUACAUCUGCGAUCCUCCCGGCCGCUCUUCCAUGUGGAGGAAAGAGUGCGGUGGAUUUUCGACAGCGACAAAUGUCAACGACAUGGGCCUCAACUGCGGAGGAUUAGAGGUACAAUUUAAUGGAGUCAAUCAAGGACGAUGUGGCGAAUGCGGCGACGAAUGGAGUUUACCGCGUCCCAGGUCUAACGACGAGGGUGGCCUCUACGGUACUGGAGUAAUAGGGAAAACCUACCGGCAAGGAAGUGUCAUCAACGCUACCGUGUUGUUGACAGCCAAUCACUACGGCUUUUUCACGUUCCGACUCUGCCCGAAAACAUCUGCCCAGCAGUUGGUGACGCAACAAUGUCUGGAUCAGAAUUUGCUGACACUCUCCGACGGAUCGACUAAAUUCCUCAUUCAGACGCUUGGUGUUUAUUUCUACCCGAAGAUCCAAUUACCACCUGGAUUGACAUGCAACAACUGCGUUCUCCAAUGGCGUUACACAUCUGGUAAUAACUGGGGAAUUUGCGAGGAUGGAACUGGUGCUGUCGGCUGUGGCGAUUACCAGGAGACAUUUGUCAAUUGUGCCGACAUAGCCAUCGUUUAAGUUCAUAUUCCUUAACGGAACUACAAUGAAUUGAGCCAUUAGUUAAAACUGCCAUCUUGGCCCUGUAUACCCAAUAAUGUACCUUUAAAUUUUCUUUCAGCUUUCAAAGCCAUCGACUGAUUCAUGUGUAAUCCGAAUUGAACUUUCUUAGCGUGAAUAUAACUAUACUAUAUAUGCUUGGCAUAUAAGCGUACCUCAUCUCUCAUUGAGAGCAAUAAAUUUGUAAUGAAGUA